AUGGUUGACCAGCUCUGGAUGUGGAUAUUGGAUGAGAAGACAAUCAUAACCUCCUUUCCAAAACGUUAUGGCACCCAAAAAUACGACCACUCUGGUGUACACAAAGCAAUCCGCACAAAGCUUGACAGAGCUCGUCCCAACCAAAUUCGAUCAGUAUUCGACCUUGGAUUGCUGGUCAUUGAUGAAUGCUCCAACACGUUCUUCGAUCGCGCGCGGAAGAAUGACCGGCAACCGCAGGUCAUUGACCAGUUCUCAGAAGCAAUUGGCAAUGUGUCGAGAGAUGAGACAGCUGCAUUCGAAAGGCUUUAUAAGUGGACGAAUAACGCCAGCAAAAUUUACCGACGUCCGGGGAAUAUUGAGAUGUCGGAACUUCACGUACCAUUGCUCGACAUCAACCCAGAGGCUGCCUUACAUAGAGAGAUCGAAGAUAUCAAAGAAGAGCUCGAGAUUAUGAUCUAUGUCGUCAGAUCACACCAUUUCGUCCUGGAAAGUUUCAUCAACCAUGUGAAGCACAUGCUGGACGGCGACAGUUUGUUCGAUACAUCGGGAGCAACACCUGGCCAAAAUACGACAUCGCCAACGCCCAACGCCAUGCAAGCUCGCCCGCCAGCCGUGUACAACAAUCCAGAAGCAAGGCAACAUAUUUUUCGAUUCUUCGAAUUGAAUGCCAAAGAGGUGCAGACGAAGAUCAAGUGGCGCAUCAAAGAGCUGGAGCAAUUGCGGGACAGUGCCAUGAGCACUUGCGAAGGCGUGAAGGGACUUCUUGCCCUAAAGCAACAACAAGCUGGUGUGGUUCAGGCCUGGAUGUCUCUGAAGCAGUCUGAGGAAACCGUCAGACAAGGCCGAUCAAUCAUGCUGUUCACUGUUGUGACAAUCGUGUUCCUCCCGUUAACCUUCACAGCAGCCAUCUUCGGGAUGAAUGCAAUGGAGCUCGGAGCUGAUGGAAGUCUCAAGCUUGCCGAAGAAUUUGCCGUCAUGUGCAAGUCACGACCUGCCCGAAUUCGCGGCCAGCAUGCUAACAAAGCUACAGUCCCCAUUUCCAUCGUCAUCAUCACUAUCACGCUUGCGAUCGCCUUCAGCACGUGGAUCCGGACGUUUUUGUGGUCCAUCUGGCAUGUUGCUUGGUUUGGCAUCGUCACGAAAACGCCGAUAUAUAACAGCUGGCUGGAUAUGGGACUCACUAGUGACAGCGUUUACAAACACGCCAUAUCGGUGACAAGCAAGCUGAAAGACCAGUGA